ACGACGUUGUAAACAGAAAGGGUUACGAUUACCGUAACCUAGAGAAGUGUCUGGCCUUACAUUACAAUGUUAGAACUUGAAGGGUAAUGGGUGACCAGGCUACUAAGGUUGUUCACCCUGACGACAGGUUUGGAGAAAAGGUGGCAUCCUCAAAUGAUAAUAAGGGGUCAUGUGAUCAGGAUACAGUGGUGCCACCUAAUGGGCCCUCUGGAGAUGAUGAGGGCAUGCCAUGUGACAGUGGAUAUGCAGACAACUUGUCAGAGUCUAAAGUCUCCCUAACCAGUAACGGUACUGACAUUAGUAUUCCUGUAGAUUCUGACAUGGACAGUGUGUCUGUGUCGUUACAGCCCCGGCCCCAGGAUCAGAUCACAAGCACCCCUCUCAACAGUGUAUCCCUUGACCACACCCGGAUGGCUGCUCACCUGAAGAGAGCAUUCUCAAGGUCACGUAGUCAAAAUGGGGAGCCUGUCCCUUCUCACAGGGUGACAGGAACAUCUGAGGAAAUCACCGUCCCCAUUGUAGGCUUUGAGGUCAUGGAGGAAAGAUCAAAGUUCACAGUGUUCAAGAUCCAGGUGAGGGUAUCGGCGACUAACAGCUGGUUUGUGUUCCGACGAUUCUCCGACUUUGUCCAUCUAAAUCAGAAGCUGAAGAAGUUAUUCCCGGGGUUACGAUUAGCUCUUCCACCCAAGAGGUGGUUCAAAGAUAACUUUGACAGGAACUUCCUGGAAGAUAGGAUGCUGGGAUUACAAGCAUUUGCCGACAACAUAACUGGUCAUCCUGAUAUAAAAAAGAGUCAGCCUGUUCGACAAUUCUUCUGCCUAGACGAGCCUCCAGGACCUCAUGAUAGUUUGGAGGAGAGCAGGGCUCAUUGUGAGGAGCUGGAGGACACCGUGUACAGCUUAAAAAAAGAAAUGGCUGACAGGGAUUCUGAAAUCUCCAUUCUUACUGAUGAACUCAAACUCUACAAGAAACAAGUGGAGAUGUUGUCCAAAGCUCUUAGAGAAAAGAAUGCGAGUCAACAAAGUCUGGAUUCGGCUGGUUCUGGUGGGUCAGAAGUUGAUCAUUCAGAGGUCAGAGAUCAAACUUCUGUUGGCAGAAAAGCCUCCAGAAAUGGGUCUGUGUCAAGCUUUCAACUGACCAAGUCCACUACUGACUCUGUCACCAUGGAAACAUGACUGUGUCGGCAAACCUGUGAUCUCAGCAGUUACUAAUUGGCUACUGUCUUUCAUGGAGUCCCCAGCAGAGUUAUCUCUGUAAGCUGUAGCCCUGAAGGAUGUGUGUAUUGUGUGUCGGAAUGGGGGAGGUGUACCAGACUUAUUGGUCAGAAAUCAACUCCAAUAGGAAGAAAAUUUUUAGAUUUGAAAAAUUGACUCUUACAAAAUUAUUUAUAUUUGUAUGCAUGUAUGCAUAUUUUUUAUAACAAAGGGUAAAAUUUGAUUGAAAACAACUGAAAAUUAUGAGAUCAGACUUUUUGGAAAUUUGUCAGAUUUUUAUCUUAUUGGAGUUGGAUUAC